AUGAAUAAUUUUUAUGUGGUAAUUAUCUCACUCAUUCAACAAGACGACAUGGAGCUUAUACAUCUUCAAAGCGAAACUACCGGUACAUCUGGAAAGCUACCGAACAUUAUUAUUGAUGAAUUUCAAAUAAAGCUAGAGAAACUAAACGAGACAUGA